GACAAAAGGUUUUCUAGGGACCGGUGGAACGCCUGACGCUUUGAAAACACUUGGGGAGGGGGGGGCCAAAUCAAGGUGGUCCCGUCAACUCUUCAAACCUGUCUACCUAAUAAUAAUCAAUCAAUCAAGCAAUCAAUUUGUUACUUUGGGGUAUUGAACUAGCCAGUGGAGGCCAAAGACGGUGAUGGCCGCCAAUGUGGGCUCGUCGGUGUGGGCCUUGGCGCCGGACACGGUGUCUCAGAUCGUGUCGGGUCAAAUCCUGCCUGGGCCGAGUGGGGCCGUCAAAGAAUUGAUGGAAAACGCGUUGGACGCUGGCGCCCAACAAAUCCACGUCCAUCUCGAGGAUUAUGGUUUGGCUAGCAUUUCCGUGUCGGAUGAUGGCUCCGGAGUGGCCAGCUCAGAGCUGGCUCGCAUGACCCAGGCCCAUUGCACCUCCAAGAUCCGGGAUUUCUCCGAUUUGGCCGACUUGUCGGGUUUUGGCUUUCGCGGGGAAGCGCUCCAUGCCAUUUGCCAAUUGGCCAAAGUUGAGAUUCGCUCGAAAUCGCGUCUCGCCCCUGAGUCCCAGUCCCACGGUUGGAGCAUCGGUUUGGACCCCGAGGCCCGCGAGAUAUGGCGGCAGCCAUUUGUCAUGAAUCCGGGCACCACGGUCAUUGCCCGGGAGUUCUUCCACCGAUUGCCCGUACGCCGAAAGUUGUACCAAUCCUCCCCUGGGACCCGUGGGACCCGUGGGACCCGUGGGACCCGUGGGAUCCCUGGCAGGAACGGCCCAAAGAAAAGGGAGCUCAAACGCAUCGAGACCUUAUGUCGGGUUUUGGCCUUGAGCCAUCCCCAGGUUCGAAUAGGUUUGUUUCAUGAUCGGAAGGCCUUGUUUCAAAAACCCGCCCAGAGCGAUGAGCGGAGUGCGGUCAACCAGGUGUUUGGCCCGUCCCUCGGCCAUCAGCUGCGUUCCAUUGAAUUCCAUGGCCCGCUUUUCAGUUGGACCGGGUUCUUGCCGUCCGGUGAUUGUGAUCCCGCCGUUGUGAGCCGAGCCACGCCUGACCAGACUUAUCUCACCAUAAACCGGCGAUGGGUUGAUUAUCCGCCCAUUUUGAAGCUUAUCCGCCGAUUGUAUCACUCAGGGGUGCAAGUGGAUAAGUACCCGGUGGGUUUCAUUGCCCUGUGUGUGGGUCCGGGUCAAAUGGAUGUGAAUUUGGACCCCAACAAGUACGUGGUUCUGCUCCAGGAUGAACAAUCCGUGCUGGAUUCGAUCCAAGCUCGCUUAAAAGUCCAUUUCCAACGACAUAUCAUCAAUUCAGCCUCGCCGGAAGCCGACUGCCCCUCGCCCUGUUCCUCACUCGACAGUUCCAUCAAUCGGUCCAUUUUUGAUCAGAUCGAGGCGAGACCGUUGAAUUUGCGCGAGCCCUUGGCAGACCCUGAAGAUCAGAACCCGGAAGUUGACGAGAUGUCUCAAGAUUUCGAUGUACACCCCAAUGACCCGGGUCGGACCCGAAAAGUAUUGGACAAUAAGAAAUUCAGCCCACCACGUUCAAAAAAGAGAUGUCUGAUGGAUCUGAAAGAGAACCAGCCCGCCCAAGAAUGCGGCGAAAGACGUGCGAAAGAAAACGGACGAGCUUCUUUAGGAUCAGCCAGUCAGAACGCGAUCGCUCCAAAUAUCUCGGGGUCCUGGAAGAAGACACGCCAAGAUUCAAUGAUGAAUACGAGCAAAGAAGGAGGAACUCUGCGUCAAAAAACCUUGGACGCUUGGAGUCAUGGACAGUCCGUUGUAGAUGGUAAUGGGGAUUUUGUGGCCCCCGUCGCUCUUCAUAGUAAAAAGCCACAAAAAACGGGCCGACCCGAGUCCUCCAAGCCAAUCUUGACAGUCAGGAGGUCGGGGUCAAGCACAUCUCGGGGUUCCAAUUCGGCAACUGGCAAUGACACCCUCGAGCAAAUGGUAGCGCCUUAUGGCACACCCAUCCUCGACAAGAAAACCGUCCUUAGGAUUGGCCGAAAACACACCACUAUUCCAUUUUCCAUGACUUUGGCCAAGAGGCAUUGGUCAGUGAAAGGAUCGGAUUCGGGCCUCGUCUCAUGGAGUGAACCGCAACUGGUUGGACAGUUGUCUGGAAACGGAUUUGGGAUCGUCGCUGUGUCCAAGGGCAAUGAGGAGUCCCAUCACCUAGGAGUCUUCAACCAUGGUCGAGCCGAGGAGGUGCACUUGUUUCGCAAUCUUAUGGCCAAUUAUCAAUUAAAGUCUAAUGUGCUCUUGAAAGAGCCUCUGGAGGUCAUGGCUUGCUCUAAUCUCGGUGAAGAUGAUCCUAGAUUUGUGGGCAAUGGAUUGGGGCUCAAGGUGUGCCGGUCGACUCAAAAGACCUGGCUGAUUAGCAUCCCAUCAGUCGUACAUUCCUUGGGCUUGGACGAUGUGAUGGAAAUCAAUGCCAAGAUUCGAGAGUGCCCCCGUGUGUCAUUGGAACUCUGUCGGCCCAAGAAAGUGCAGGAUUACUUCAAAGCCGAGGCCUUAAGGCUCACGCGACAAAAGCCGCCCAUCAAGAGCAGAACCGAAGUGAUGGACUUGCUCCGCUUGAACCAAGACAUGAAAAGGUCCGUUUGUCUUCAUGGUCGCCCGAUUAUUGAGCGAUUCUUUGAUCUAGAUCAUGAAGCAGCCGCGUUUCAAGUCAAGUGACAUCCUUUCACAAAGCAGAGAGGCGUUUCAAAAUCAUAAAUGUCCGUGUCAAAGUCCUUCAAGCCAAACAAGCUAUAAUAUAAACACCGUCAUUUCCGUUCUGAUUUUA